AUGACCGCGCCUUCAUCCUCCUCAGCCUCACCAUCACACCUGAUCUUCAGGCCAGCGGCUCACCUCAUUCCUCCCCCAGACCAGUCCCUGGCUUCAAGCAGUGCAGUCCCUUUCUUUGCUCUGACAGUUCUUGCAAAGCUCUCAGUGUUGUCAGUGUCUUCUGCAGCCCUGCAGGCCUACAACCACCCCCUCCCUGCCCGCACAAUCUCUGACCAGGCAUAUGCAAAUAUGCCUAGGUUCCCUGUCAAUGGUCCUCGCGCCGCGGCGCAUUUCUGCAAUCCCAUUGUCAAUGGGAGAUGGGUCCCCGGGUACCCGCAAAAUCCGGGUAAUCAAGACAAUGUGAAUGCCAUGAAUUCAUGA